AGCAAUAGUGAGCGGAUUGCAGUGCUAUGGAUGAUGACGAUUUUGCUGCAACAGCAACUGCAGGAGCACCUGAACCGGCACCUGUAGCAGCUGCACCAGCAGCAGCACCUCCUGCCCGCUCUUGCUCACCUGCCCCUCCAGCUCGUUCCCACUCACCUGCCCCUCCAGCUCGUUCCCACUCCCCUUCUCCUUCAGCAACCUCUCAGAAAGAAAAAAAGGACAAGAAGAAGUCAAAAUUUGGUUUCGUGAAAGAUAAGGGCCUUGGCCUCAUGCACCUGAAUUUGAAAGGGAAAGGAAAGGCUAAAAAAGAUGAAGAUGAGGAAGAAGAAGAUGAAGAUGAUGAAGUAGACGGAGAUUCAAAAGAUGGAGAGAAAGGAAAGAAGGGAAAGAAGGGAAAGAAGAAGAAGAAGAAGAAAGAACCAGAACCUGGCUACACUGCUGAUGUUCAAGAGGCUCACGAGCGUAUCAACCCGGAGACCCUCUCAAAGAAGGAUGAGCUGUUCCAGGUCAGGUUCAUAGUGCACAAAGCCAGGAAGUUGAGUGGUGCUAUAACCGCCCCCCUCGUCAGAAUACAUCUCGCCAAUAAGGUCCUCAGGACAAAGGCGAAGCGGGGCAAGAAUCCUAAGUGGAACGAGACAGUACUGUUUUCCAUAACCAAGUCAGAAGUGGAUCUAGUGAAUACCCCAGUUGAGAUUAAAGUUAUCGACAGUGCUAAAACGCCCCAGUAUUCUCUGAUCGGUCUCUACAAGUGUGAUCUAGCUGUUGCCUGGGUAAAAAAGGGGAAGAACCUGUUCUACAAGUGGAUAGCUCUUCAAAACCCAGAUGAACCUCAAGACGGGUUGACGGGAUAUAUAAACGUGUCUAUACAAAUCAUUCCGCCCGGCGACGAGGCUAAAGCCCUACCCAAGUUGAGGGACGAAGAAAUUGACAGAUCUGACAAUGUCUUCUUCCCUCCCGGCAUAGUCCUACAACCUGGACAAUUUAUGGUAAAGCUCUUAAAUGGAGAGGACAUACCUCAAAUGGACACUGCUAUGUUUGAGGGAGUAAAGGCUUUGCUAAAAGGAACUGACGAGAACGCGCCACCAAAAGAGCUGGUGGACCCGUAUGUCGUGGUGGAGUUUGCAGGGAAGAGUUUAGAAAACAAUUUUAUUGAAGGCAGCUUCGACCCAAUCUGGAACGAGCUGCUCAUUCUUCAGGGGGACUUUCCCAGCAUAGCAGAGAACCUCAUACUCAAGAUAUACGACAAUGACGAUUUCGCGGUGGACGAUUUGGUAGCGACCAAACUCCUGAAGAUGGGAGAGAUAUCCCAGAGUUCAGUGGAGUCUGGGACUGGUUUUCUACCCAUGUUCGGUCCUGCUUACAUUCCUUUCUACGGCUCACACCGGGAGUACAGUGACGUGUACGACAAGUUCUCCGAGCUCAACCACGGAGUUGAGGAGGGUAUAGCAUAUAGAGGGAGGAUCCUUGUGGAUAUAUCAACCAGCAUGGGGCUGCCCCCUGAAGAACAGGAACCCAUUACCCCUAUCGAACAGGAAGAAGUGGAUCGUAUCAUGAUGAAUCUGAACCGUCACAAGUACCAUUUGUUUGCGUCCUUCUUCCAAGGGAACAUGAUCAGUGAGAAGGAGAAUCAGGUCGAGUUCGAAGUCAGUGUCGGUGACUAUGGCAACAAGUUCUCCCCUCAGUCCGACCCAGCUCCUUCAACAACGCAGCCAUGCAAUCCAGUUUAUGACGGUACACAGUACCACUUCAUGCCCUGGAGCCGCACCAAGCCCACAGUAAUCCUACACUCGGAGUGGGAGGACGUUGACUACAGAGUGGGAGCUCUCAACACCCUGAUCUGGAUGUGGGACUUCAUGACCGAGAAAAUAGAACAGUACCAUACGCUAGAAAAAGCCUAUGCUAAAGAUUAUGAGAUGGAAGAUAAGUUCGAUGCAAACCUCCAGGAACUUCUUGCUGUCCUAAAAGGAACAGAGAUAGAAGAGCCACCAGAGAAUUGCACCGAACUUGAUAAGAAGCUCUAUGAGCAGAGGAUGUUUUCCAUUAACAACAUGAUUGACGAGAUCACAGCCAUGAUGGAGGACGGCAGACUUUACUUUGCUCCCCGACAAGACAAAGUGAAGAGACUGCAGGGAGUGUUAGAAAAACUUGAGGAGCUCUGUGUAGAGCCCCAAUUAGGCAUACCUGAUGUAUUCAUUUGGAUGAUAACCGGUACGAAGAGGGUUGCCUAUCACAGGAUUCCAAUCAACGAACUGAUGUACUCUAAAUCUAAAUUCAAAAGAGGGAAACACUGCGGAACAACUGGUUCCUUCUUCCUCAAGGUCCCAAGAUCAGAAGAAAUAGCUGCACAUUUAACCCUAUCUCUGUGGUUUGGCAAGUUUGAGGAUGUAUCGGAGACGUUCAAACCUCCCCGGGGUUCAGAGGUAGUAGUGUUCGCUGAAACUUACGAGAACCAGAUGUCAGUACUUGGCAGCUGGACCACUAAACUUCUCCCAAGACCUAUCUUCUCCGACACCACCGGAAAGUACUCUUUGCCUCUUGAAGCGUUCGAUGCUCCAGAGGGUUGGACCUUUGUUGAGGAUUGGUUCAUCUCCAUAGACCGCAGUUUGACUUACGAUAACGAAUCUGGGUUACGAGAGGUUACUGAUGUAGUGUAUGAGGGAGAGACCAGAAUACCUGGUACUUCGUGGGGAGGCAACUUUUCCUCUACUUGGUGGCAAGACGUCAAAGGGAACGAAGCCAACUCUAAAGACCAGGUGGAGUGUGUAGAGGGUUGGCAGUGGAUUGCUGACUGGGAAGUAGACACCAACAGAGCUGUGGAUGCGUCAGGUUGGGAGUUCGCAAUGGACACGAACGUAGGAAGCUACAGUCCAAUAGAAAGGAGCUACCAUCUGUCGAGGAGGAAGAAGUGGGUUAGAACUAGAGAGAGAGUCAGCGAUAUGACAUUGAUCAAAAAGAGAGACAUUGACCCUGACGGUUGGGAGUACAGUAAGAUCUUCACGACUAAGUUCCACCCCAAAGAGAGGAAGUUCGACAUGGUGAGAAGGAGGCGGUAUAACAGGAAACUGGUCAGCAGCAUCCCCAGACCUGUAUCAUUCAAGAUCACUGAAGUGGCUGAAGCGGGCAAGCCUGCCAGGAUAUUUCACACUUCCCCCAGAAUAAUCACCGAAUAUGACGAGAAACAAGUGCACAAGUACCAGCUGAGAGCGUAUCUCUACCAAGCCAGGGGUGUGUUAGGAGCGGAUCCGUCCGGCUACUCUGACCCCUACGCCAGAGUCGUGUUCGGCAACCGGAGUGCAGUUACUCACACCAUGAAGGAGACUUGUAGUCCGGUGUGGAAUACCACAUUGGUCCUGGAUGCUGUGGAGCUUUGUGGUUACCCCGAGGAUAUUGCCAGCAACCCUCCCUUUAUCGUUGUAGAUGUAUUCGACGAAGACGUCCUGUCUCACGACAAACUAGGUCGAGUAGUCUGCACACCCACCAUGUUCACAAGUGGGAGAUACACGUGUACCAAACUCAAAUGGUACGAAAUCGGUGGGGUCAAGAAAUCCAAAGGUGAUAUCUUAGCUUCAUUUGAGUUAUUCAAACUUGGAGACGGAGGGAUAGAGCUACCUUUAAUGCCACCGUUUGAAAAUAUGAAGUAUAUUGUUCCACCUGCAAUUAGUCCUGAAAAGCAGCUUAUGAGAGUCGAGGUAUUAACGUGGGGUGUACGGUUGAUGAAGGACUACAAAAUGUUACCCGUCGAGUCACCCCAUAUUGAUAUUGAAGUUGGAGGUGAGAGGAUAAGCGUAGAGAAGAUCACCAGUUGUAAGCACCAUCCCAACUUUAACAACCCUUACGAGUUCUUCGAUGUGUGGCUUCCCGUGGAGGAGGAGUAUCUACCACCCAUUAAUAUAAGAGUCAUGGACAACAGAGCAUUCGGAUACACACCUCUCAUAGCAGUGGCGACUAUCAAGGAGUACGCUCCUUACCGUUGUACCUACAAUGCUAGCGAAGCUGAAGCCCUAUCAAAGGAUGCAAAUCUGUUGAAAGAGCUGAUGGGUGACACUGUUCUAGAUGUUGAGGAGGGUAAAGAGCCGAUAGCUCCUGUAGAGGGGGAUAAGGGAGGUAUACUGGAUCUGUAUCAUGAUGGAGGUUCAAUUUCGCUCAACAUUGAGGUAGAUGUAGGGAGCAAUCUUUCUGUUCCUGUUGAAGUGCCAGCCAGCGAGCAAGGAGCCGGAGAUGGAGCUUUAAUAUUUUCAAACCUCUCAAUCGCACCAUCAAUAGUAUCCUCGGUAGAUACGUUAAUAGCUCCUUCAGUAGAUCCCUCAGUAGAUCCCUCAGUAGAUCCCUCAGUAGAUCCCUCAGUAGAUUCAUCAGGCAAAACUCCUUCAUGGUAUACUACCCCUUCAAUAUUUAUUGCUCCUUCACGAACUCCUUCACCCGCCCCCACAGUACAAACUGACUCAGCUCCUCAUCUCAGCCAAAUAGGUACUCCUUCAGCAACCAUAACUGGUCGUUCAGGAAAAGGAGAUCCUUCGAUAAAAACUUCGUUAAAAACUGCCCCAUCAGUGCAAACUGGUCGUUCAGGAAAAUUCGAUCCUUCAAUGAAAGCUGAUCCUUCAGUGGUGGUAGCGAAUCCGUCUGUUCAAUUUUCAGAAGUGGCUCCUUCAGAAGCUUCUUCAGACCCUGAUAUCCUCUCAGAGAUCAUGCUAAGAGAUCCCAGUUAUGUACCAGACAUAACCAUCACCAUCCCACAAGGGGUAAUAGACGCAUCUCAGACGGGCGAAAAACCUGACCCAAAAAUACUGAAAAGGUUGGACAAGGAUUUAAAGAGACAAGAAAAGAUUGCUAAAAAGGAUGCAAGACUAAGAAAAAAACAGCAAAGAAUGGAUAAACAAGAUCAGGAGAAGGCCAUGAAAGAAACGGAAAAGGAACGACAAAAGAAAGCUAAGGAGCAAUCUAAAGCUCAAUAUAAAGCAGAAAAGGAUGCCAAGAAGAAGGCUCUGAAAAAAGCCGAAGAAACUGAAGAGUCAGAAGGGUUUAUACCGGAGUCCCCGGACAAGCCUUUACUUCUGGAUCCGCUAGCUGCAAACGGACCUCCGGAGGGAGGGUCAGGUUCGGGCAAGUUGGGAGCCUGGUAUGGCAGCACAGCACCACGCUCCACUAAUGGGAGCAUUCUAGGAGGAGGAGGAUCAGACAAGGCAUCUUCUAAGAAGGCAGAGACAAAGAGCAGUAUUUCUAAACUGUCCAGAAAAGAAACCCGCAAACUCAAACAGGAGGACGAGACCAAGCCCCACCCGGACGAUGUCCUCGUGUCAGAUUGGUGGAGUAAGUAUUACCACGCUCUCGGUAAAGACGAACGUCUGACUAGAGUAUUCAAGGAGCGUAAUCUCCCUACUCUCGCUAUGUACGAGUAUGAGUUGGAGAAAGAGCAUAACAUGUUCAGGGAUCUGAUGGAUGUGAUAAAACUGCAGAGACCAGAUAACGAGUUGUCCAGUGAUUUUGAGGAGGAUAGCGAGGAUGAUGACGCCCAUGUUGGUCUUUUCAAGGGAUCGUUCAAGAUCUAUCCGAUCUCAGAUGAAAUGCACAAGAAGGCAGAAAAGGGGGAGUAUCCAGCCCUUAUGUUUAAGAACCUCCCCAGUAACGACGAGGAGCGCGUCCUCGUCAGACUCUACGUCAUCGCUGGUGUCAACUUAACACCACUUGAUUUUGGUGGCAGUGUGGACCCCUAUCUAUGGGUAAAGUGUGGCAAAGAAGUGAAGAACGACCAAUCUAACCACCUUACCAAGCAAAUUAAUCCUGAGUUUGGAAAGAUGUUCGAGUUCGAUGUGCACUUACCGCGUGAAAGUCAGAUGAAGAUAUUUGUGUACGAUCACGAUCUGAUUGGGGCUGAUGACGUGGUAGGUAGCACGACUAUUGACCUUGAGGAUAGGUACAUUACCUGGAAACAUGCGGGGUGUGGUGUCUCCAAACAGUACAUCGUCGAUAAAGAGAACAAAGAAUGCUGGAGAGACAACAUUAAACCUAUCGGUCUUCUGAAGAAAAUAUGUGUCCUAAGAGGCUGGCCUCAGCCCACCUUUAAAGGCAAAGGCUCCACCUUGAGAUGCUAUGUAAACGGAAAUGAAUACAAGAUGAAGUACUUUGAGUCAGCCAAGACCAAGAAGACUCCCGAUGACAAGCAACUUGGGUCGGACGAACACAGACUGGCUCUGUAUGUCCUGCACGAGCUUGGAGUGGUUCCUGAACACUUCGAGACACGGACUCUCUACAAUGAGGACUGCCCGGGAAUCCCCCAGGGUAAACUACAUCUGUGGGUUGACAUAUUCCCCUGGGACAGGAACCCUCCUCCCCCCAUCAACAUCGUUCCUCGGGCUACUGAUAAGAUGGUUCUCAGGGUUAUUGUAUGGAACACCAUUGAUGUUAUCUUGUCUGACGAGAACUUCAUGGGAGAAAGGAUGAGUGACAUAUUCCUGAAGAUUCAUUUGGAAGGGAUGAAGAACAAGCAACAAGAAACAGACAUUCAUUUCCGGUCCUUGACUGGAGAAGGCAACUUCAACUGGAGGAUGUGCUAUGAGUUUGACUACCUCCUGGCUGAACAGAUGCUCUGUACCUAUCAGAGGAAAAGCAUGUUUCAACUGACUAAGGAGAUGAUCAAAGAACCCCCUAACUUACACAUAGAAGUUUACGAUUAUGAUAUAUUUUCCUCCAAUGACUUGUUGGGUUGGACGGAAUUUAGUUUUGUUGCAAUGCCUCCCCCCACUAAAAGUGCCAAAGAAUGCAGUUUAAAACAAUACCUGGUACCGGAUUCAGAAAAAAUUUCUAUUAUCGACAAGAAGAAGAUCAGAGGUUUCUGGCCUGUGUAUGACGACACCUUGACGGGCGAAAAAGAAUUAACGGGAAAAGUAGAGUUGGAGAUAGAAAUCAUGACUGAAGAGGAGGCUCUUGAAAAGCCAGCCGGACAAGGACGAUCCGAACCCAACGAGCAUCCGGUCCUUGAAGCGCCAGACCGACCGAGUACAUCGUUCAACUGGUUCCUAAUGCCGCUCAUAAUUUUCAAAAUUCUUGUCUGGGACAAGUACAAGUGGUACAUUAUCGCAGCAUUUUUAGUCUUGCUCGUGAUAGCAUUCUGCGGUCUAAUUAUCUACACAUCACCGGGUGCAAUAACGAGUGCGGUAAUCGGGUGAUAAGUGAUUGCAUGUCUAGAUGUCAACCUAGAAUAACAGAAUAACAGAAUAACAGAAUAACAGAAUAACAGAAUCACAGAAUAUCAGAAUAACAGAAUAGCAGAAUAACAGAAUAAAGUUGAUCACAGAACGGCGGAAUGAUAGAUUCCUGUCACAUCUAUUAAUAUCAUUUAUUUUCAACCAGGGCGCGCUGACGAUGGCUAUGUUCGGUUCAUAACAGCUGGCUGAUCAAUCACCUUCGAAUGAGUCCUCAAAGAACAUUCGAAAGAGCACUACCAAAAGAACACGACAAAUUCUGUUUCGUAGCCCAACUCAAAAACAAAAGAACUAAAUCUGAUGUCCCUGAAUUUUCUGAACUUUCCUCUGAUUUUUAUACCUCAUCCAUACCAAUGUCCGAUAACCUAAGGCAAAAACUUAACGAACUCAUACUUAAAGAUGUCAAAAUGUGUCUUAUCAGCUUUUUAUAAAUACGAUUGAUAUUUUAAAUUCAUGAGUAUUGCUUUGAUUAAUUUUUAGUAUUUCGGAUAUUGUUUAAAAUAAUGACGUGUGCUAUUUUAUGAUUUGAGACAAAAUCAAUUAGCGCACAAAGUGCACUUUUCUAUUGAUAGAUUUAGCAAAUUUGGAGGAUUUUAAUUCUUUUAGCUGGAAUUUCUGAUCACAAAUUUCAUACUUACCUAUGAAUAUUGUAAAUUAUUCACGAUUUUAACACGAUUUUAUUUCAGUCAAAUAUCAUAAGUGCAUUAUUCACUUCGAUUUAA